GACCCUGUCUCUGCUCACUCACAGACAAACACCGUUUGCUGCAUUCAACACAAGCACAGCUUCUUUCUUUUCUCUGCCGCCAUUGCACUUGAGCAAUCGUCCGGCCGGUGUCCUUCUUUCUUGUUUCGCAGACUCCAGUACAACCUCAGGCUGCGCUUAUUCUUCUUCGCCGCUGAUUAUACCCGUUGACCAAGAUCUCUCAUUCAACCGGCAUUCUACCUCGUCACCCUCCCCGCCCACCGUCUUACUACCUUGAAUGAGAACCGACCACUCUUUGCCCUCGAUAUACCCCAGACUUGUCCACGCUGCGUCCCUCGGCCGUUUUGUCUUCCGCCUAUUGACAGCUUCGCAAGCCCCGACCGGUCGACCAACAGCGUUCCAGAACAAAACCGCGACCUGCCCGAACGGGCGAUCUACCAAUCCUACUGCUUCCCUGCUCGCACCUUGCAGACUCGAACGCCAACCAGCAUCGACGGCCACCCACCAGUGACGCUCACAGCCUGAGAGGUUGCUGCUGCUACUGCAUUGCUCGCAUUGUCUCUAUCCCGAAUGCUCACCCCUCCCUCUGCCAUUGACUUCUUGUACCUUUACCAAUACACCUGCUAUAUCUUCCAGGUGAGUUCCUGGACCUGAGGCCAUUGUAUUCGCCUUCCCAGAUCCCCAAUGCCUUGUUCAGCCAAUCAAGAAGUAUACUAAAGCUCCUCAGGCAGGCGAGUAAAUACAUUCUUCUCGUACAUGACUGCCUCGUCUCUCGACAGACUCUCCUAGUCCACAUCCGACUCGAUUUCUGUUUAGUUUGGUUACUUCUAUGCGAGGCUCCAGUCCUGUCCCGUCGAACCCUUUCUUUCGAAACUGUCAUACUUGCAAAAGUUCUUGCGACGAAAAUUUAUUCAGUGGUUAUAGGGUUCAAAUUCCAUGGCAUACUGAUUGCACUCUAUAAAAAAUCGAAGAAGGAAGCACAGUGGUCGUGAACAUCCUGAGGACAGCCUGUUAGCACGGUGAAACCGGCGCAUGUUACAUUGGACCAGAACACCUCUUGUGUGUUGCAACGAGUCAACCAUCUGUGAAGAAGCCCAGGCACCAUUGGGCCUGCGUCAGAGUGCACAGGAGGACCUGACUCAACCGUGCAAGACGGGGGGUAUCCGCAGUUGGUGAGCUUGAAGGCAGUUCACACGCCACGAGCAUGGCUGCAACAGAAGCUGUCAGCAGUGAGUCAACGGACGCAACGGGCCCUGGUACUGAUAUCAAGAAGCCGUCAAAAAAGUCUACUGCUGCGUCCAAUGUCCCGGGUGACCCCACCUUGCCGCCUCCGAAGACCGACAAGCCUCGCCCGCAUCUGUGCUUGACUUGUAAACGGUGCUUUGCUCGACUAGAACAUCUGAAACGCCAUGAACGGUCUCACACUAAGGAGAAGCCCUUCGAAUGUCCAGAAUGUACGCGAUGCUUUGCCAGACGAGAUCUUCUUCUGCGGCACCAGCAAAAGCUGCAUGCAUCUACCACUCCAGCAUCGCGACCUAGAGGGAGCCGGCGCGAAAGCGUCGCUGGCGUUGCGACCGGCAGAGUACGCAAGAAUUCGACGACCAACGCUCCUACAGCUAUGAGGCCCAGGGCCAAUACUCUCAGUCAUGUUGAUUCCACCACACUUGGAAUGUUGGCCAACUCUGCCGCAACUUAUGGCCGCCCAUUCGUACCAACCCACAAUAACCAUAAUAGUAUGAGCACGCUUGGGGGUACGCAAGGGUACCAUGGCCGUGCAGUGUCGACAAAUCAUCACUCCUUCAGCCUGCCGAAACUGGAGACCGGCCUUCCAGUAGACCUGUCAAAUGGUCUGCGUACUGCACCUCCCUUCGGAGGGUUUGGCGCCGAGUUCGAUAUGGGUCCCAUGGACUUUGGAGUAGAACAGGGGGAUACAAUCAACCCCCAUGCUCUUCAUAUGUCCGGUAUGGGGAUGGAUGCUUCGCACGCCCAAUUCCAACAGCUGUUCAACGGCAUAACAGCGUCCCAAGUGAUGAAUGAUGACGAUGAGGAUGACGCAACAUUUGACUGGAUGGCCCAUGGCUUUGAAAGCCAUAUGUCUUUCGCACAAGCUAACGAGAAUGCCAUCGACGACUCUUCGCCUUCGGCUAUGAGCACUAAUAGUCCGGCGGGCCUUAAUGAGAUGACAGGAGAUCGCACCAUCGGCGCCAUGCAACAGAGUGCUGUGUCAGGGGCUCCUAUGUGGUCCGGUAGCCUUGCAAGUCAAGCGGCGAUGGUCAAUAGUCCCGUGAGUAUGGAUCUCAUGUCCACAUUCACGGAGAUGAUCCAUCCUCCGAUGGGUACUAUCUCGCCAAAGUCUCUCCUGGGCCAAGGAGGAUCCAUGGAUUUAAGCCUGUCAACUCCUCCUGAUAUGGUUUCUAUGGAUCCUUCUGGUAUGCAUACAAACAUGCACUUUACUGGCUUUCACUUGCCGCUCAGCAGAGAUGGCCCUGCAUCAACAACUUCCACCGCCUCGAUGGAUUCCAGUUUGCGUCAAAGCUCAGUGACGACCACGUCCUCUGACCUGGUGACCGACCAUAUCCGGAGCGUCUUGAUUGCAGGCCUGUCCCAGACUGCAGGGUUUGGACAGCGUAAGUAUUCACAGCCAGCAAUUAGUUCGCCAUUGUCUCCGGGCGUCCCUUCACGCACAAGAGGCUUUAACGCAACUACUUUUCCUUCCACGACCGAGCUGCAGCGUUACGUGGCGUCAUAUAUCCGAUAUUUCCAUCCUCAUCUACCUUUCCUUCAUAUCGCAACCCUCAACUUCGAGUCCCCCGAGUACACCACGCCAGUCCGACUCGUCUCAGGCCAUCCACCUCACGGUCAACCGACUGUGGCUGGGGGAGGAAGCUGCCUGAUUCUAUCGAUUGCCGCCAUUGGAGCCUUGUAUGAACAUGAGAUGUCUCAAUCCAAAGACCUCUUCGAGUGUGCCAAGCGUCUGAUCAGCAGCUACCUCGAGGAGCGGCGUAAGGCAAAUAUGACCAAGACCCAAUUUGCCCCGAGACAUUCUACAGAGCGAGAAGACACGCCGUUGUGGUUGGUCCAGGCUAUGCUAUUGAAUGUGAUAUACGGACAUAAUUGUGGCGACAAGACUGCUGCUGAACUUGCCAGCAACCACUGUGCCGCGUUGGUAAGCCUUGCGCGAGGUGCGGACCUUGCUCGACCAAUUCAAGGACAUAGCGGACAAACAUCCGACAUGCAACCUCCCAAUGUCCAGAUGGGGGGCAUGCCAACCCAUAAUUGGAGCCACAUGACCAAUGAAGUGGACAAUUCCGACUGGUACGAAUGGAAAGCGACGGAAGAGCGCAAGCGGACCCUCUAUGCAGUCUUCAUCCUCUCGAGCAUGCUUGUGACCGCAUACAACCAUCCUCCCGCUUUGACAAACUCUGAGAUCCGGCUGAAUCUGCCUUGCGACGAACAGCUGUGGGCGGCCGAAUCAGGACAGGUAUGGCGGAGCUUUGGAGGGGUGGCCGGCGCCGAGGCGAACUCUACCACGUUUGCGGAAUCUUUCACCCACUUGCUCAUGGCAGCGCAACGAGAGAGACGGCGGAGCAGUUCCAUCCCUUCAUUCGCCACGGGAGGCGAGCCGGAGCUGAGACCUAGCACCUUUGGCUGCUUGAUCCUCGUCAACGCUUUGCACAAUUACAUCUGGGAGACGCGUCAAAGGCAUCUCGGGCGGCAAUGGACUACCAGUGAGACGGAACAAAUGCAUGCUCAUAUCGAGCCAGCGCUUCGUGCAUGGCAAGCUGCAUGGGCUAGUACUCCUAUGCAUAGUCUGGAACGUCCGAACCCUUUUGGUGCAGGACCCUUGUCCGCCGAUUGCAUCCCAUUACUUGAUCUUGCAUAUGUCCGACUAUUUAUCAAUUUUGGUAGGUCCAAAGAAGCCUUCUGGCAGCGCGACUACGAUGCCAUGGCAGCGGAGCUUGCGAAGGGCUCCGAGGCCAUGCCAACCCGCGAGACACCCGGUGGACGUCAGGAAAAUGGCUCGCCAAUGACCGCGUCAGAAGGCAAGGUACAGGAACAGAUGACCACGCCUCCAAAUGACAACACCGGAUCGGUAAUGCAGGAAGAUCCAGAUCAAGAGCUCCACCAGGUCCUUUCGUCGCGACGAGAAAGGCAUCUGCGCAAGGCUGCGUUUUACGCCGCUGAUUCCUUGUCCAUGUCUGACAAGCUUGGGCUAAGCUAUGCGGAAGAUACUUCUCGUGAGCUACCUGUGCAGUCCGCCAUGUGUGCCUUCGAUUGUGCACAAGUAUUGGCAGAGUGGGUCACGACUGUGCAGGAACGCGUUGGAAAAUACAUUGGCGUGAUUGGCAGGGACGAAAUGAACUUGAUGGAGGUUCCUGGCAUCCUGCUACUUGAGGACGAGGACCGUAAAUUGAUCCAGAAAAUCGACGAAGUUCUGACCAGUGCGGAACAAAAAGUCGAGAUAUUCGGCGGCUUCGACGUUAACGCGGCUCGAGAUGGUGGACACGGCAGCAGGAUUCUUGGGCUGACAGCAUACCUGCUAGAAAGAGACGCUGUCUGGCCUGUUUUCAAGUUGAUGGCGAGGUCACUCGAAACCCAAGCCGGCCACAUCAGAGAACGAGCUUUAGCCUCGGUUUCCGGCUCUUGACGCGAGUCAGCGCUGUCCAAUUUCGACUUCCACGCCCCGAGUCAUGAAGUUCGCUGGCAUUUCUUCCUGAGGCUGUCAUUGCAGCAUUUAAUACGUUUGAUUAUGGCUUAUAGGCGCGAUUGCGCUAGUAUAUAUGAUUUGUAAGGACAUAUGAUCAAAAUAUACCCCCAGACACGAAAACAGUCACGAGAAUCUGCGGACGCAACCAAGAUUUGUCUGGGAUUCAAAAGUUACGGGAUGGUUUACUCUUUCAGGUUUGCGAUUGGGGACAACCUCACGGAAGGGCACUGGCCCGUGAUAGGAGGACUCGAAGCGGUGGCAGUGAUAUGGUCGCGCUGGAUUUUAUGCACAUGGCGGAAGUUGUCUUCUGUCAGAGCCACAAGCACACUGGCACUGCUGGCGGGCUACGUCUCCACCGAUAGCUGCUCUGGAGAAAGACGCGAAGAUGCUGGAUGAAAAAGAACCAAGACCGUUUGGCAAGUAACGUUGAGAGUGAAGGGUGUUGGCGUUGUUAAGUCCUUCAGUGCCGCCUAAUAAUGAGCGUGGUUGAGGCAUAUGCUUACGUUCCCUGCACAGUGUUGACUCGGAAGUUAGAGAGUACAGGGAUUUCUGUCAUGCAUACUAUGUCUGUCGAUCAAUUCCCUUCACACCCAUGAGCCCGGGUGUUGGCUGCAUGUA